AUGGAUGAUAUGAACUUAAUCCAGCAGGCGCAAAGGCAUCAGCUUGUGGUAAGCAACCUUGGGGAAGAGAUUGAUUUGGAGAUUGGACCUGGAGAGGAUGACGCUGCUUUUGCCAACAGUUCAUUGAUCGGUGGGCCUCCACGGGAGCCUUCCACUGGGGAACAUGAUGAGACGAAGCAUAUGGUUUUGGUAUCUGAUCUUCCAAGCGAGGACCAGGAUAUGUCGAAGGGGCAGCCGGCGAAGAGGAAGAAGAAGGUUGUUAAACGGUGGAGAGAGGAAUGGGCUGACACCUACAAGUGGGCUUACGUCGAUAUGAAGGAUGGAACGGCUAGGAUUUUCUGCUCUAUCUGCAGAGAGUAUGGUAGGAAGCAUCGAAGAAACCCUUACGGAAAUGAAGGAAGUAGAAACAUGCAGAUGAGUGCAUUAGAAGAGCAUAACAACAGUUUGCUACACAAAGAGGCCCUGCGUCUCCAAACGGCUUCCAAAGAUAAGAUUGUUGUUGACAAGCCCAUUUAUGUGAAGAGUAAGUGA